UUGUUUAUUGCCAACAAUAGUUAAUAAUGCCCAUAGUAGUGUUAUCGCUAAGAUUAGAAUAAAAAUCAAGUGGAAAGAUUCCAAGGGAAGCAAUAGCUUUCGGUUAGUUCGGGAAUCGUUGAAGUAACAAAUGCUUCUUAUCGCCACGUGACUGGUUUCUAUUGUGUGUAUACAAACGUUAGAAUCAGUGCAUCAGUAGAUUUUGGAGUGAUUAGACUGUAAUUCAAAUGGGUCCUAAAACUGAGAGAUUUUCCUGGAAAAUCCGUGAUGGGGAAAUCGACAUCUUAUUGUUAACAAGAGAAGACUUGGAUGGAGCACUUGAUGUUAUCAGAAAGGCUUUUUUGGUCAAAGAAAAUGUUGUAAUUGGCGCUGAAAUUAACCUUCCAGAAUCUGCGCAGGCUCGUGAAGAUCUCAUUGAACUUUGCCGAGAGGUGUUCACAGAUGGAGUAUCAUUAAUUGCUAAGGAAGUGGCCACUGGAAAAGUUGUGUCAGUUGCCUUUAAUAAAAUCCAGGUUGCGGGAAAUCCGACCGACAAGCCAUAUUUUGAAGACUUCAUCGAACGUCGGUGUCAAUCUCCAAAUUCCAAAUCGCUCCUGAAUUUCAUGGCUGAAGUGGAUGCAGCCUAUGACCUCUUCAAAAAUUUUCAAGUUGACUGCCUUUUGGAAAUAAUGUUUCUGGCUACGCUACCGCAGUUCGAGGGCUUAAAAAUUGCUCAAAAUCUUUGUAAAUAUUCCAUUGAACUGGCUAGAGAACUUAGUAAUGGAAAAGGCUUAGAUAACGUACGAGAAGAUCUCCGGACUAAAAGAAUACAAGGUGUCAGUUCAAUUUUGACUUCACGUAUUUCACAGAGUGUUGGAAAAGCGGUUCAUUUAGAACCACUUGUGGACUAUCCAUACACAAGGUUUUCCUUCAACGGUAAAACAUAUGCAGAUCGUAUCGGCAAAAUGGACCCAGUUUGUCGGCUAGUUGGAAUAAAAUUUUAGUGUAAUUUCAUGAGAAUUUGAGUAAUAAAUAUUUAAUUAAUAACAAGA